AUGGAUGACACUCCCAAAAACCUGGGAGAGGGAGAGAUGAACGGCUCUCUUUCCUUCUUUCUGACCUGCUCCGCUCAGCUAGUGGUCUGGGAAGGGGAGGAGAAAGAGAAAUGGGGGAGAGGGAGGGAAGCACCGGGGGACUACAGCGGCGUCAGCCACAGCGCUGCGGGCUUCACCAUUACCCCCCGCUACAUCAACGUUUAUAUUCCUGAUCAACCUACAUCUGCCACAGCAAGUCGCACCAUCUUCAUCCCAGCUGUUCUACAGGUUUUAACACCUACAGUCCCAGUGAGGCUGGGGUUUCCCAAACAGAGGAGGUUUAGUUGGGGGGAGUUUCUCCCACUCUCAUUCCCUUUCCCUGCACCAGCUCAGCAUGCCCCAGCCCCUGAGCACAUCCACAGCUCUCCCAGCUCCACUACCAUGUGUAGAUGGACAGUGACACAAGGUGCACCGGCCGCCUGGUUCUCCUCCUGCCCCUGCCGUAGACCUCCUUCACACCUCUCCCUCACCUUGCUGCUCUUGCUUCUCCUGCUCGGACCGUCCUCAUCCUCCCCGCUGUCCGCUUCGUCCGAACACGGCCGCAAUGCACCAGCAGGGACUUCUCCUCACUUCCUCAUCUCAUACCUACCACCCUCCUCAUCACCCACACCGCUUCACGCAUCCUCUGCAAGGUUGCCAAGGGCGACCAAUGUGUCAUCGUCGUCUGCGACGGUCGUUGGCCGGCACGUGCGAAGCAGCUACAAGCAUCUACAAGGGGACGUGCGCUGGCGGAAACUGUUCUCCUCCCAGAAAUUCUACCUUCGCAUUGGCGAGGAGGGAAAGGUUAACGGCACCGGAAACAAGGACGAUCCAUACAGUGUUUUGGAGAUCAAAUCAGUGGAUGUGGGUGUGGUGGCCAUCAAGGGCCUCAAAAGUAACCACUACCUGGCAAUCAAGAAGAAUGGCGUUCUGUAUGGAGCGAGAGAGUACGGCCCAGACUGCCGUCUAAUUGAACGCAUCGAGGAAAACAAGUAUAACACCUACGCUUCAGCUCAGUGGCUCAACAAGGACAAGCGCAUGUUUGUUGCACUGAACCCCAAGGGAAAGCCAAUGAAAGGAAGGAAGACACGAAGGAAAAACCCAGCCACUCACUUCCUGCCUAUUUUGUCAGAACAGCGAUGACUGGACAAAUCAGCAAAGGGAGAGCUCUGCAGAUUAAAGGCUAUUGGACGUUUUUUGGAGUUGAAGUGAUGGCUUCAUUGGACAGAUUCAAGUCUGAACAGUAUGAUGCACUGAGGAGGAAAAGAAAGGAAACAAACAGACAUUUUAUCACAGUUGGAUAAAGACAUUUCUAUUUUUAAAGAAAGAAAUAAGAUAUAUCGCUAUACAAUGUACAUAUUAUUUUCUGUUUUAAGUUAUAAAGUACACUGGCACGGUAAAAUUAUGAAAAGAAAUGACUUCUGUGCCAAAAUGUGAAACGGUAACUCACAUUUUUAGAUUUGUGUACGUGUGAAGUCAGUGACUGGGGAAGAAAUGGCAAAAGAGAAAACAUGGAGGAAAACAGGGGAAGGCAGAGGAAGUAUUAGCAGAAAGCUGACUGAUAGAAGAAGAAGAAAAGAUGAGAUGGGUGGAGGAAAAUGAAAAAAGGUUGUGUUGUGUUUAGUCAAGUACCAACACAGCAGCAAGUCUAAAACUAUCAUGUUUCUUCUUUGAAUUUAUUUAUUUUGUGUAAUAUUUAACAAAAAACCCUACAAAAAUACAAAAAAGAAAGUCUUUUUUUUUUUUUUACCAUGUAUGCUUCUCUUUGAAUACUAUACAUUUAAACCUGAAUAAAUACAAAG